AUGAAAAAAUUGUACAUAAUUCUGUGUCUGUGUCUAUUCGGUUAUAUACGGACAAGUGAUGCAACAAAUGCUGUAAAUAAGGUUAAAGGUACUAUAAAAACAGUGAAAAAGAAAGUUAACAGAUAUUCCAAAAGGUAUAGAAGAUCAUUUAUGUUAAAAGAAGAAGAUGUAUUAGGGGACUAUCAAUUAAAGGCUUAUUAUUUUUUUGAUGAUAAAUUUGAAAAAGUAUUUAAAUGGAAUUUACUUUAUAACUUCUGUAAAUCAAAUACGUUAAAUGUAUGUAACUAUAUUAAAUUACGAAAAAAAUUUCAAAAAAUGUAUGAAGAUGAAUCUUUUUCAUUUAAAAAAUAUUUCUCUGGCAUCAAUCUAAUAUUUGAACAGUUUUCUCAUAAAUAUCAAAUAAAUAUAUUAAGUAUAAGUUUAGAACGUGAUAAUAUGGCUUAUAUUGAAAAUGAGCCAAAAAUAACUGAGGUGAUUAUGGAGUCUUUGGCUAAUAUAGUAAGUAAGAAAAAAUUAAAAUAUCCUGUGGAUGCCCCUACUUGGAAAUUAAGUUUUAAUUAUAUUACAGGAAUGAAGAAAUUAAUUAUUACUGUGCCGUCACAUGUGCCGGGUUUGAAUUUUUCCCUUUAUUAUGUCGUAGUUGCAUAUAGUCACUAUUAUUCCAAUUUAUUUACAAGUAUUGGAGAUAUAUUUCUUAAGUUUAAUGGUUCACUUAAAAAACAUAAUGUUGGAUACUUUACGAUUGACAAACAGUAA